AUGGUGCAGAUUGCCCUGCUCGCUCUCGCCGCACUCGGCCUUGGUGGCCAGGUAGGAGCACAAUCUGCCUGUGCCGCUGCAUGGGCCCAGUGUGGCGGAAGCAACUUCAAUGGACCAACUUGCUGUGUCAGUGGUUCAACCUGCUCUGCCCUUAACCCGUAUUACUCUCAAUGCAUUCCGGGCACCCAGGUAGGCCUUUCCCGGAUUCUGCAAGCUUUUUACACUCAGCAGAUUAUGAAAAGAACUGGAGGGUCUGGAUCCGGGUCCAGUUCUGGAUCUACAACAGCCAAAAUAACCACCUCCAGUGGCAGUGGUUCAAGCAUCACCACUACCACUCAGGGUGGGAGCCCCGGGACAUCAGAAUACACAACUAGUACAACACUUCCUGCGGCCACUGCCACGCAGCCAGCUUAUCCUGCAGCAGACCCAAGUUCAUGUGGGGCAUGGGAACUAGUCGACAAUGUUUGCUGCCCAGAGUACUGCUUGUCGAACAACAGAUCCGAGUCGUGCACCAGCAGUUGCUCAGGGGAUUGCGGAACUCCCCCGUCGUCUAUGUGCAAGUCGGGCACUAUGUGGGGAGAACAACUGAAUGUUGGAACGAACGAAGAAUGGCAUUACAGCCGGUCAACCCAUUUCGGCCUGACCAGCGGCGGUGCCUGUGGAUUUGGCCUGUAUGGUCUUUGCACCAAGGGUAGCAAAACUGCGAGCUGGACUGAUCCCAUGCUGGGCUCAACCUGCGAUGCAUUUUGUACCGCUUAUCCGCUCCUCUGCAAGGAUCCCUCAGAUGUCACCUUGCGAGGUAACUUUGCCGCGCCCAACGGUGACUAUUACACGCAGUUCUGGCCCUCUUUGAGCGCUGCCCAGCCUGGCGAUCCCGACAAUUACCUCUCGUGCGGAGAAUGUUUCGAACUCAUUCGCACGAGAGCCGAUGGCACUGAAUAUCAAGUCGGCGACUCAGGGUACACCGAUCCAAUUUACCUCGAGAUUGUGGACAGCUGUCCCUGUAGUGCGAAUUCCAAGUGGUGUUGCGGCUCGGGAGCUGAUCACUGCGGCGAAAUUGACUUCAAGUACGGUUGUCCUCUUCCCGAGGGCAGCCACCACAUGGACUUGUCUGAUAUUGCAAUGGGUCGUCUGCAAGGAAACGGGAGUCUGACAGAAGGAGUCAUCCCCAUCCGUUACCGCCGUGUUCCGUGUCCCAAGCCAGGUAACGCUUACAUUUGGCUGCGGGACGGAGGUGCAGAGUAUUACUUUGCCCUCAGCAUCGUGAACACCAAUGGUGUUGGAUCUGUUACGAGCGUGGAAGUCAAGGGCGCGGGCUCGAACUCCUGGGUUGCACUUAAACGGGAUCCUAACUAUACGAGCAGUCGGCCACAGGAGCGAUAUGGCGCUUGGGUUGUCCCACAGGGUGAAGGACCUUUCUCUUUGCCGGUUGGGGUCAGAGUGACAUCCCCGGACGGCCAACAGAUUGUGAAUGAGGCUGCUAUCACCUCCUACACAGCACCUGCGGGGUCUGUGGAGGGGUUCUACUACAUUGACAUGGGAGUGCAGUUCACUUGA